AGGGGCGUCCUCCCCGCUCCGCCGGCGUCCGUUACUUCUGCACGGCGGGCCGAGGGCUGGAGACCUUCCUCCGCCGGGAGCUGCGAGCCCGCCUGGACGCCCAACAGGUAGACUAUAUUUCUGGAAAAGUUUUCUUUACAACCAAUUCCGACUUGACGGUCCUGAGGGAACUGAAAUCUGGAGAACGGCUAUUUUUGCUCUUGAAAAAACAACCCCCCCUCAGUGUUUCUGGAAGUAAAGGAAAAAUAUGUAAUGCAAUGCAGAGGCUUGUAACGGAGGAUCCCAGAUGUUGGUUAGAUGCUGUCUCCGUGUGGAAAAAUCUCCUUAGAUUUGAUGCAAGUGAAGAAAGUCUCGCUCAAGGUUUCAAACGAAAGGCUGGAAGGAUUGCAAAUGUUAUUACUAAAAAAUUAAAGAUGGAGCAAGCGGUAGAGAUGCCAGUCCUCGGUGAAUGCCAGCUGGAAGAGCCAAAAGAAGGAAUGGGACCAGAACACCAAAGCACGCCCACUGAGAAAGGAGACUUUCCCUUCGAAAGGUCGGAAAAUGAGAGCGCGAAAGGAGUGGUGAAUAACGACUCCCCCUUCACCUUCCGAGUGUCUUGUCGCUGCAGUGGGGCAGUAGCAAGGGCAUUCACCUCACAGGAGGUGGGAAGAGUAAUCGGAAUGGCUCUUAUAAAACAAUUUGCGUGGAAAGCGGAUUUAAGGAACCCUGACUUGGAGAUCUUUAUACAUCUUAAUGACGUGUACUCCGUGGUGGGCAUUCCCGUUUUCAGGCUUCCUCUGGCAAGCAGGACUUACAUCAAGACAGCAGGAUUACGAUCUACUGUCGCUUGGGCCAUGGCAUCUCUGGCUGAAAUAAAUGCUGGCUCUCUUGUCCUAGAUCCAAUGUGUGGACUUGGAACAAUCCUUUUGGAAGCCGCAAAAGAAUGGCCAGACGCUAAUUAUUUGGGCACCGACAUCAGUAAUUCACAGCUGCAGGUUGCACGGGACAAUGUGAAUGCCGCAGGCCUGAUGGAUAAAAUUGAGCUUCUUAAAGCCUCUGUGAUAGAAUUGCCAUUCCCGUCGGGAAGUCUUGAUGUUAUUAUUUCUGAUGUUCCCUUUGGGAAAAAGUUCACAUUAGGAAAAGACAUCGAGAGCAUUCUUCAGGAAAUGGAAAGAGUGCUUCGUGUCGGAGGAACUGUCGUCUUGCUCCUCAGCGAAGACCUCCACAGGCACCUGAAAGGUUGCAAAGAAAGCGCCAGCCCUUCGGAUUCCCACGGUGAUAGGACAAGUAAAAUUGAAAAUGGGAAAUAUUUGAAUCCCGAAGGGAAAACUAGAACCCCAGAGAUUAUCUCCUCUUCACCUCAAGACUCAGAACUGAAUCGCAGAGACAUGGUGUCACCGUUGGACAGACUGGUAGUAGAAGAGUGCUAUGGAGUUAGUCUUGGUAAAACAGAGGCCUUCAUCCAUAAGUAUAGGAAGAUACAUCUUCCGGACUGAAGUAGGUUGCUUAAAUUGGGCCUAGUUGCCUGAUCACAACUCGUUAUUCCCAGAGGUACAGUAGUUUAGUCCAGGGAGGAAGAAGCAAUCUUUACUUCCCACAGAGGGGAAUGGGAUUGUCGACUUCAUCAGCCAGUUGCGUUUCCGCUCCCUCCGUCCCUCCCACAUAUACACGCUGAUAAAUACGUCACUGACAGCACUAUCCUCUUCAAAUCUCAAAAUUUAGUCACGGUGAAGAAAGGCUGUCGGUCCCAGGACUAGAACUUCCAGCUUAGUACCGUCUACCAAAAUUGCUAUGGAUAGCAGGCUGGAAUCUUCACUUCAAGAGUUUCCUAGAGUUUUCUAGAGUUUUGCCUGCCAAUGGAAUUCCAUGCUUGUGGGAAGAAUGGCCAUAAUGUCUGGAAAAUGAAGUGGAAAAAUGAGAUCUUAUUGAAGGCCUCGGAAUUUAAAUUUCAUCUUCCGCUUGGAGGAAGUGUCAUUGGCUUUUCAAAGUGUGCUCUCUGAAAACAUGGGGCAAUCUUUGGUUUUACUAGUGGGCAGCUUCAUUCCCUGUCGCUGCUCAGACCUGGAGAGAACUGUGCAGGAAUCAGGGCACAGGUCACACGAGAAACGAGGGCUGUGACAGUUGCACAGGAGCUCACAGGAUGGAGUCAAGCAGGGACAGCGGGUACAGGAGGAUUGUGGGCACUGUCAGAAGGCCAGCAGGACCCUCAGUGGAUUGACGAAUGGCUUGGGCUGAGGAAGCAAAAUAACUUUCUCCCUCAGAAGGCCAGAGACAGUCUGUUCUCUUUCUGUCUCAAUCAAUCAAUCAUAUUUAUUGAACGCUUACU